GGUUAGUAAUAAAAUCAUAUUUUACACACAACACACACAUUCUACUUUACAGUUUUUACCUAUGAUUUCUCGAAGAGCUCGAUUGUAGUUCAUUGCAAUACAUUAAAAUCACUUGAAUUUUCCAAAAAAGUGCGAUUUGGGUUGAGCUAGAUCAAUCAAAAUUCCCCUUUUUUACCUCGCCCAAAUUUGUGAAUUAGGGUUUCUGAAAAGAUGGCGAUAAUUCCGGUGUACUGUGUCUGAUCGCCGAUUAUCGGCGACCUUGUAUGGAAACUCGGAGCCGGAAACUGACGGAGGAAGCCACGUCAUCAGCGCCUUCUUCUUCUUAUUCUACUUCCUCUGGUCCCACCACUCGCGUUACUAAGCCUGCUCGCCUCACCACACGCGCCCCCUCAACUCGUUCUCGUGUCACAAAACGUUCACUUCCUAUGGACUCCACGAAUGAAACUUCCGGGUCGGGUAGCCGAGCCCGUCGUUCGGGUUCGGGUAAGGAAAAAGAACACGAAAUUAGGGAUAGGGAUGAUGAAGAUGAUAAUGAUAAUGAAAGUGAAAAUGAUGUAGGGAUUUUGCAUCAUAAUUUGACGUCAACAAGUAGUGCACUUCAAGGACUGUUGAGAAAAUUAGGUGCUGGGUUGGAUGAUUUACUGCCGAGUUCAGCAAUGGUGGGGUCCGCUUCAUCCUCGUCCAACGGGCGGCUGAAGAAGAUAUUAUCGGGUUUAAGAGCUGAUGGUGAAGAAGGGAAACAAAUAGAGGCAUUGACACAGCUUUGUGUGAUGCUUUCUAUUGGAACAGAAGACUCUUUGAGCACUUUUUCAGUGGACUCUUUUGUACCUGUGCUUGUCGGGUUGCUUAAUAAUCAUGGGGGGAGUAGUAAUCCUGAUAUUAUGCUUCUUGCAGCUAGGGCGUUAACUCAUUUGGUUGAUGUUUUACCAUCUUCUUGUGCUGCUGUUGUGCAUUAUGGAGCAGUUUCAUGUUUUGUAGCUCGGUUGCUCACUAUUGAAUACAUGGACUUAGCUGAACAGUCUCUACAAGCUUUAAAGAAGAUAUCUCAGGAAGACCCAACUGCUUGUUUGCGAGCAGGUGCACUCAUGGCUGUGCUUUCGUAUCUCGACUUCUUUUCCACCGGUGUUCAGAGAGUAGCAUUAGCAACCGCUGCUAAUAUGUGCAAGAAGCUGCCUUCGGAUGCGGCUGACUUUGUGAUGGAAGCUGUUCCACUGUUGACGAAUCUCCUUCAGUAUCAUGAUGCAAAGGUAUUAGAGCAUGCUUCUAUCUGCUUGACCCGGAUUGCUGAAGCAUUUGCAACAUCUCCAGAGAAACUAGAUGAACUCUGCAAUCACGGACUUGUCACGCAAGCUGCCUCCCUCAUCUCAACCAGUAAUUCUGGAGGUGGUCAGGCUUCGCUCAGCACGGAAACUUACACAGGUUUGAUCCGGCUUCUUUCUACGUCUGCCAGUGGUUCUCCAUUAGGGGCUAAAACCUUGAUGAUACUUGGUAUCAGUCGGAUCCUCAAGGACAUUUUAUCUGGUUCUGGCCUCGUGGCGACUGUCUCUAUUUCACCUGCCUUGAGCAGACCUCCAGAGCAGAUUUUUGAGAUUGUGAAUCUGGCAAACGAGCUUCUUCCUCCGCUGCCUCAAGGAACCAUCUCUCUUCCAGUUAGCACUAAUUUGUUCAUUAGGGGCUCGUUUACAAGGAAACCUUCUGCUAGUGGUUCUGUCAAACAGGAGGAUCUGAAUGCAUCUUCUCAGGAGGUAUCAGCUCGUGAGAAACUAUUGAAUGAUCAACCUGAACUUCUGCAACAAUUUGGAACGGAUCUCCUUCCUGUUCUAAUCCAGACAUAUGGAUCCAGUGUGAAUACUGCAGCACGCCACAAGUGUCUCUCAGUUAUUGGAAAACUUAUGUAUUUCAGUAAUGCAGAUAUGAUUCAGUCUUUAAUUAAUGUCACUAACGUAUCAAGUUUCUUGGCUGGGGUUUUGGCUUGGAAGGAUCCCCAAGUACUGGUGCCCGCUCUUCAAAUAGCAGAAAUUUUAAUGCAAAAGCUCCCUGGAGUUUUUGGCAAGAUGUUUGUCCGAGAAGGUGUUGUUCAUGCUGUUGAUACUUUGAUACUGACUGAGUCUCAUGGUUCUGCUACUACCCAGCCAACACGUGGUGAGAAGGAGAAAUGUAAUCGACGCUGUAGCACUAAUUCCCAUACAGAUGCGACUUCUGUUGAAGAUCCUAAAAGUCCAGUUCCAAGUAUUGGAUCUCCGCCAGAUCCAAUGGAAAUUCCGACAGUCAAUUCUAAUCCUCGGAUGGCAGUCAGUUCAUGUGCAAAAUCUUUCAAGGAUAAAUACUUCCCUUCAGAUUCAGAGGCUACUGAAGCUGGUGCCACAGAUGAUCUUCUACAAUUGAAGAAUCUCUGCAUGAAGUUGAAUGCUGGUAUCGAUGAUCAAAUAGCUAAACCUAAAGGAAAGUCAAAAACAUUUGGGCCUCAGCUUGGGGAUAUUUCUAUCUGUAAGGAAGAAACCUUGGCUGAAGUGAUAGCUGCCAUGCUGGGAGAGCUCAGCAAAGGGGACGGUGUUUCAACUUUUGAGUUUAUUGGAAGUGGAGUUGUUGCUUCUUUGCUCAAUUAUUUUACGUGUGGACAUCUUUCUAAGGAAAAAAUCUCUAAUGCUAGUUUGCCUAGGCUUCGAGAACAAGCAAUCAAAAGGUACAAGUCUUUUAUUGCAGUUGCUCUUCCUGCUGGUGUUGAUGGUGGAAGUGUGGUUCCCAUGACUGUUCUGGUCCAAAAGCUUCAAAAUGCUCUAUGUUCCUUGGAGCGUUUUCCCGUUGUGCUGAGUCAUAGUUCCAGAUCAUCGACAGGAAAUGCACGUCUAUCUUCAGGUUUAAGUGCUUUGUCUCAGCCUUUUAAGCUGCGCCUUUGCAGAGCUCAAGGAGAGAAAACCCUCCGCGACUACUCCUCAAAUGUUUUGUUAAUUGAUCCUUUGGCAAGUUUAGUAGCUAUUGAAGGAUUCCUCUGGCCCCGAGUUAAGCGACCUGAGUCUGGGCAGAAGGCCUCCNUGAGUCUGGGCAAGGCCUCUGCUUCUUCAGGCAACUCUGGGUCUGGGACCAUACCUGCAGGAGGCGGUGCAUCAUAUCCAUCUAUGUCUACUCCUGCCUCUGCACCUCGUCGUCAUUCUACACGAUCUAGGUCAGCAGUUAAUAUAAAUGACAGUGCUAAGGGGUCACUGCAGGAAAAAGAUGGAAGCUCUUCGAAGGGCAAAGGAAAAGCGGUUAUGAAGCCUGCUCAAGGAGAUUGCAGGGGACCUCAAACAAAAAAUGCUGCUCGAAGAAAAGCAGCCUUGGAUAAGGAUACAGAGGGGAAACCUGUUAAUGGGGACUCUUCUUCAGAGGAUGACGAGCUGGAUAUUUCUCACGUUGAACUUGAUGAUGCUUUGGUGAUUGAAGACGAUAUGUCCGACGAAGAUGAAGAUGACCAUGAUGAUAUGCUGAGGGAUGAUUCGCUUCCUGUCUGCUUGCAAGAUGAAGUGCAUGAUGUUAAAUUGGUAGAUUCCUCGGAGGAUAGUCCUCUUGCACAGACGCCAAGUGAUAGCCAUACAAAUGCUGGUGGUGGUUCUAGGAGCAGAACCUCCGCUGGGGGAUCUAAUUCCAUUGAGUUCAGGAGUAGGAGUUCCUACAGUUCACGGGGUGCAAUGUCAUUUGCUGCUGCUGCCAUGGCGGGACUUUCAUCUGCUGGUGGUCGAGGUGUGAGGGACGCUAGAGAUCAGCACGGGCGCCCUCUAUUUGGCUCUGGUGAUCCACCAAAACUAAUAUUUUCUGUUGGUGGAAAGCUGCUUAAUAGGCACUUGACUAUCUACCAGGCUAUCCAGCGGCAGCUUGUUCUAGACGAGGAUGAUGAUGAGAGAGAUGAUGGCUAUGAUUUUGCAUCCAGUGACGGAAGUAGGGUUUGGAGUGAUAUUUACACUAUCACAUACCAAAGGGCAGACAGCCAAGCUGAGGGGUUGAUGAAUGGGGCUGGGAGCUCAAUUUCUUCCAAGUCUACGAAAGCCAGUUCUUUGGAAAGUUCCAGUGCUGAUCCCUCCUUGCUUCAAGCAUCAUUGUUAGAUAGUAUAUUGCGGGGAGAACUUCCUUGUGAUCUGGAGAAAAGUAACCCUACUUACAGUAUUUUAUACCUAUUACGUGUAUUGGAGGCGCUGAAUCGGCUUGCCCCCCGUUUGCGUGUCCUUUCACUGAUUGAUGAUUACGCUGAAGGAAAAGUUUCUAGUUUAGAUGAGGUCAAUACUACGGUCGUCAAAAUUCCUUAUGAGGAAUUUGUUAAUAGUAAGCUCACUCCAAAAUUGGCACGACAGAUCCAGGAUGCUCUUGCACUUUGUAGUGGGUCUCUUCCAUCUUGGUGUUACCAGUUGACAAAGGCCUGUCCAUUUCUUUUUCCGUUUGAGACUCGGCGCCAGUUCUUCUAUUCAACUGCUUUUGGGUUAUCACGCGCUUUAAAUAGGCUACAGCAACAGCAAGGUGCUGAAGGUAAUGGAUCUACUCAUGAGAGAGCAGUUAGAGUUGGUAGAUUGCAGCGCCAGAAAGUUCGUGUCUCAAGGAACCGCAUUCUGGAUUCUGCUGCUAAAGUAAUGGAGAUGUACUCUAGCCAAAAAGCUGUUCUUGAAGUUGAAUAUUUUGGUGAAGUUGGUACUGGCUUGGGUCCUACACUGGAGUUUUAUACCCUUUUAAGUCAUGAUCUUCAAAAAGUCGGACUUGGAAUGUGGAGGUCUGGUUCAUCAUCAACGUCAAAUGGACAUUCGAUGGAAGUUUGUGUAGAUAAUAAAUUAAGUGGGGGUGAUAAAGAUCUUGUCCGAGCACCUCUUGGAUUAUUCCCAUGUCCCUGGCCACCACAUGCUGAUACUGUUAAUGGAGGUCAAUUCUGUAAGGUAAUUGAACAUUUCCGCUUGCUUGGACGUGUUAUGGCCAAAGCUCUUCAAGAUGGACGGCUUAUGGACCUUCCAUUGUCAACUGCCUUCUAUAAGCUUGUUCUUGGCGAAGAGCUUGAUUUGUACGAUAUUCUUUCUUUUGACGCUGAAUUAGGGAAGACUUUGCAAGAGUUACAAGCUCUUGUUAGUCGAAAGCAAUAUAUAGAAUCUAUGGAAGAUCAGAACCAAGACAAAUUUUAUGACGUGCAUUUCCACGGGACACCAAUUGAGGAUCUAUGUUUAGAUUUCACACUUCCCGGCUAUCCUGAAUAUGUUCUUAAAGCAGGCGAUGAGAAUGUGGAUCUCAGUAACUUGGAGGAAUACGUUUCUUUGGUAGUUGAUGCUACUGUCAGGUCUGGAAUCAGGCAGCAAGCGGAAGCUUUUAGAUCUGGCUUCAAUCAGGUUUUUGACAUUUCAACUCUACAAAUAUUCUCUGCUACAGAGUUGGACUACUUGUUAUGUGGCCGUCGAGAGUUGUGGAAGCCCGAGACGUUAGUAGAUCAUAUUAAAUUCGACCAUGGGUACACAGCCAAGAGUCCUCCCAUUAUUCACUUACUAGAGAUUAUGGGAGAGUUCACACUGGAGCAGCAACGAGCAUUCUGUCAGUUUGUCACUGGCGCUCCCCGGCUCCCUCCAGGUGGUCUUGCUGGUCUGAAUCCUAAGUUGACAAUUGUGAGGAAGCAUUCAUCCAAUGCUGGCAAUGCAGCACACAACAGUAAUGCACCAUCAGAAUCUGCAGAUGAAGACCUACCUAGCGUGAUGACAUGUGCUAAUUACUUGAAACUUCCUCCCUAUUCUACUAAGGAAAUCAUGUACAAGAAGUUACUCUAUGCCAUUAAUGAAGGUCAAGGAUCUUUUGAUUUGUCAUAAGCCAAUAGUGACAAAUGGACUUGUGCAUAAAACUUGAGAAAAUUGGUGCUUCUGGUCCUCGGUAAUGCUGCUGUUGAACAUCGUCAUCAAACUAACAAUAGCAAGCUGAGAUUGAAGCCUUGUUCAAGAUUUCUCAGGGGUUCUUUCUGCUGCUGUGAAGCUUGUUCAAGAUUUCUGCAGGAGUUGUUUCUGCUGUAAAUUUUCGUAAAUACGUAGUAAGAUUCUUCUUCAUUUUUGACACACUGAGCUCGUAAAGUACAUAAGUGUAUGGUCACAAUGUUGCCUCCGUCCUUUGACUUCUCACAGAUUUGAGAUUAUAACUUUCCUUCGACAUUUCAGCUAUUUGUAAUGCAUUGUAAUAAAUUCCAUUGAAGCUCACACCAACACACGGUCCUUUGUCAAUUGUUGUUGUACUAAUUGGCUAUUAGCGAUUAAACAUUUUGCUUCUCUGAA